GGCCAGUUAGGCCCGAAUGUCGUUAGCCGUGGGGAAAGAUGGCGGAAAAUUUAAAAGGCUGCAGUGUGUGUUGCAAAUCUUCUUGGAAUCAACUACAGGACCUGUGCCGCUUGGCCAAGCUCUCAUGCCCUGCCCUCGGUAUCUCCAAGAGGAAUCUCUAUGACUUUGAAGUGGAGUACCUGUGUGAUUACAAGAAGAUACGCGAACAGGAGUAUUACCUAGUAAAAUGGCGUGGAUACCCAGAGUCAGAGAGCACCUGGGAGCCACGGCAGAAUCUCAAGUGUAUACGCAUUCUCAAGCAGUUCCACAAGGACUUAGAACAAGAGUUGCUCCGGCGGCACCACCGGUCAAAGCCACCCCGUCAUCUGGACCCAAGCUUGGCCAGCUACCUGGUGCAGAAGGCCAAGCAGAGGCGGGCACUCCAACUCUGGGAGCAGGAGCUCAAUGCCAAGCGCAACCAUCUGGGACGCAUCACUGUGGAGAAUGAGGUGGAUCUGGAUGGUCCCCCUCGGGCCUUUGUAUACAUCAAUGAGUACCGUGUUGGUGAGGGCAUCACCCUUAACCAAGUGGCUGUGGGCUGCGAGUGCCAGGACUGCCUAUGGGCACCCGCUGGAGGCUGCUGCCCUGGGGCAUCACUGCACAAGUUUGCCUACAAUGACCAGGGCCAGGUGCGGCUGCGAGCUGGGCAGCCCAUCUAUGAGUGCAACUCCCGUUGCCGCUGUGGCUAUGACUGCCCCAACCGUGUGGUACAGAAGGGCAUCCGCUAUAACCUCUGUAUCUUCCGCACGGAUGAUGGACGAGGCUGGGGUGUCCGCACACUGGAGAAGAUCCGCAAGAACAGCUUCGUCAUGGAAUACGUGGGAGAGAUCAUUACCUCAGAGGAGGCGGAGCGGCGGGGCCAGAUUUACGACCGCCAGGGUGCCACAUACCUCUUCGACCUGGACUACGUGGAGGAUGUGUACACCGUGGAUGCCGCCUAUUACGGCAACAUCUCCCACUUUGUCAACCACAGUUGCGAUCCCAACCUCCAGGUGUACAACGUCUUCAUAGACAACCUUGAUGAGCGGCUACCCCGCAUUGCUUUCUUUGCCACAAGAACCAUCUGGGCAGGCGAGGAGCUCACUUUUGAUUACAACAUGCAAGUGGACCCCGUGGACAUGGAGAGCACCCGCAUGGACUCCAACUUUGGCCUGGCCGUGCUCCCUGGCUCCCCCAAGAAGCGGGUCCGUAUUGAAUGCAAGUGUGGGACUGAAUCCUGCCGCAAAUACCUCUUCUAGCCCUUCAAAGUCUGAGACCAGACUGACUGUGGGGCCUAAAGCCACUCAUCCCAUCCACCCGCUACCCACUUGCCCUCCAGUUGAGGAAUGACUGCCAGGGCUGCCUCCUGUCUGCCUCUACCUGCCCCCACCUGCCCUGUGCGUGGGGUUGUGGUGAGGACCGACUUCCAGAAAUCCCCUCUCCCAGUCCCAAUUCCAUCCAUGGGUUGCACUUACAACCCUUUGCCCAUCUUGAGAAGUAAUUUGUUAAAAUCAGGAGUUUCUGAAGUUAGGAUUCAUGACCUGUCAAGGAGGUCCAAGGGGUAAGCCCCAGCUGCAGAAUAAAAAGGAGUUUAUGUACCUGUUUCUGCCUGGAGCUUGAGGGGUCUGUUGCAGACCUUCUCUUUACUGCUCCAAGAGUGUGGAAGCUGCCCCAGGGCAGGCUGACAUAAGAGCUCAGACUUCCCAGCCCACUUGGUGAAAGAAAGGGGGUUUGCAGGGAUAGGGACUAGAUUCUGCUUAUGCUCACAUGUAGGCUGUGUAUCCAAGAAGUAGAUGCCUACAUGCCCCUGGAAGGAGAGUGGAUGCCCAUGGCCCACUGGCCAAUAAGAGCAAGGCAGUCCUGACUCUCCAAGUCCUUAAGGUGGGCUGAGAUUGAGCUCUGCCCAUGAGGUGCACAGAAGGCGCCUGGGACCCCUGUUGGCGUAUGAUGACUGCUGGGACUACUCAGAGUUGGAACCAAGACCUAGGUAGGCUGUAGAUAGCACUUAGGACAAAAAUGUGCAUUGAUGGGGUGGUGACAAGGUGCCAGCCACUGAGCCAAGCACCUGGCCCACAUAGAUUGUCUCAGGGAAGCUUUGAAAACUGUGGAGGUGGGUCCUAGGAAAGGGCCCAUAUGGCAGGCCAAGUACAGUCUCAAAAGUUACCUGCCCACAGAUGUACAGAAGAUGAAGGCUCUGAUGGCUGCCUCACCCCUUCCUUCCCCUGUGAGGUCUUCUCCAGGAAGCCUUCCCUGACUACCUGUGCCCAGAGAGCCCCUCUGUGAGACUGUGCCCUGCCACCAGAUCUGUGUGGCUGCCUGUGUGUCCGUGCUCCCUGACCCUAGACUGACUUUCAGGCAUGGACUGAAUCUACUUUUUCUGUUGUAUAUUCCUUGGCCCCACCCAGCCUGGGGUGGGCAUCAAUAAAGUGAGUUGUUGA